CUUACACGUCAGUGCCUUAAACUGCUCAAACCCCACUUCUUCAGUCAACCACGACAUUUUGUCACAUGACCCCGGAUAUACCCUGUUGGCUUUAGAAGGAAGCAAAGCUGUAGAGGGAUGAGAAUGUUUGUAGAAGUCGGCACAAACACGGUAGGAAAUUAGUAAAGAAUUUCUAUGUAACUUAAUAGAAACAAUGGAGAGAGCGGCUAUGAAAGCGCGGCAAGAUAUUUCAGAUUAAAAAAUGGAGGAUUCAAACUGUAGUUUAUAAUGAAAGUAGGAUUAUUUGACUGCAAGUAUCGGAGAAUUUAAAUACAAGACGUUUGUGUUCAUGAUACCUAACAAAUUACCCGCCUUCUUUAGCUCAUGUAUAGAAGUCUGACUCUCAAACUCUUGAAGCAAAGUUGUUGUCCAAAGGUUUUGAUAUGUCUGAUAGUCGAGUAUCGUCCCUAGCAUCUGGCAGCAUCGGGGGAGGCAGCAGCUUGUCCUAUGCCCUCCCUGUGGAAGUCGAGUUCCUGGUGAAGAAAGAAGGAUCUCAAAAGACAAGAACAAAUUUAGGCUUCAUCGUUGGAAUCUCCGUGUGUCUGAGUAUUGCCAGCUUGCUGUUGGCCGUUGCUGCUGCUGGGUGGUUGCUCUUGAACGAUGCUUUGUCAACACAACUUGUUAACUUACAAGACGAAGUAUGUCUCCCGUGCGCUCAACUAACCUCUGACCCUGUCGCUGACCUGCUCUCACCUCUGCCUGACGGGCUGGAGGUCAUAAAAGACAACAACGAUUUGAAGAUUUGCUGCGCAAGCACUAAUGCACAACUGGCCGCACUUUUCAAACUGAUGCUCCAGCGUCAAGAAAGCAUUCGAGCAUCUUCAGAGCUUAAAGCGCCGCCUAACGCCGUCAGCCUCUUGAGUACAAACACAAAGAUGGAGGUAUCCGCUCACUUGCUCUGGAAACCAGGGUCGGGAUCUCAAGACAAGCAGCAGUGGAAAGGUCCUGAAGAGAGCAGCUGGUCACUAGUGCGACCUGGGCUGACCUUUCACGACAACACUAUCUACGUCAUCACAUCCGGCACGUACUACGUCUACUGUCAGAUCCUCUACAACAUCAGCGAUGACAGCAUCGAUGACGGUCCUCAGGUGGCCAGCAGCUACGUGUACGUCACUAGCCUGAUGUACCCCAACAUGUCGGGUAUCGUGCUCAAGUCCCGCCACACCCAGGGUGACAAACAAGACCGACACAGCACCUUUGUCGGGGGACAACUCCUGCUGCACAAGGGAGACAAACUCUAUGUCAAGCUGUCCCACCUCCUCGUGUCCUAUGACGAGAAGGGCAGUUUCUUUGGCAUGUUUAAGGUCGGGGACUAGACUUCAAAGAAAACGGGUAUUUGGCAUGCUUGGGGUAGGAUGACUAGGAAACUUGGGAUAACUUCAUUUGAGAUACUCAGCCAUAGGUUAGUGUCAACAUCCAAACGUAAAUAAAAUAACUUGUGAAAUGUAAGUUUGCCAGCAUCAAGCUGAAGUACCAAAGAUCUGAACUUGUUUUCUUUUCUGUUACUUUAAUGCGCCAUCAAGCAACACACAUUCUCUGUCUUUUGUAAUAAACAUGCCAAAUGAGUAA